CUAACAUCACACUCACCAUACCACCAUACCAAUACCAUGGAGCACGACGGCGUUGGUGCCCUCCGUACUCGGUCGAAGGUGGCACCCGAUUGGACAGUGGAGGAAUCCCUUAUUCUGGUCAACGAGGUAUCUGCGGUGGAAGCUGAUUGCGGCGACACCCUCGCUUCCUUCCAGAAAUGGAAGAUCAUCGUCGAGAAUUGCAACGCGUUGGGCGUGAAUCGCAAUCUGAACCAGUGUCGUAGGAAGUGGGACUCUUUGCUAUCCGAUUACAAGAAAAUCAAACAGUCUGGAUCCAAAAAGGUGAGUUUCAAUUCCGAGUUGUUUAAGGUGAUUGAAUGGUACGUGAGGGACUACGAAGGUGGAUAUGAUACGGAUCCCGAUAGUGAUCCUGAGGCGCUUCCGGAGCCUGUUCUUGCUUCCUUUCUACAAUCUGCUUCAAAGAAACAAAGAUCAAAGAUAAUACCUCAAAAGCGCACCAUAGAAGAGACACCAAAGCCAAAGAAACCCAUCAAAACCGAAGAGAGGAAAGUGGAGGAAUACAGUUCAAUACCAACAAACAACACUUUGAAUAUAAUCUCAAGACCCAAAGAAAUCAACCAUGAGGAUCAAGAACAGAUAAUGGCUGAAAAUCUUAGAGAAAAUGCAGAGUUAAUCGAAGCUAUUGUGAAACAAGAUUUAAUCAAUGGUGGAUCUAAUGAGGAGUUGACUAGAGUCAAUGGUGAUAAAUUGAUUGUUUGCCUUAGCAAUCUUGUUGUUGCCCUUGAUCGCCUUUCUAAAUUUGUUUGAUAAUCUUUUGGUUUAUGAAAACUUGUGUUUAGGGUUUACUUGUUUAGGUGUUGGUUUCUUUUUUAUUUAAUGGAUUUGGUAUGUUAAUGUUAAGUGGAGAAACAACAACUUGAUAAAAAAAAAUGGGGAUAGUAGAUUUUUACAUUAA